AUGACAGAAGAUAACUGCUUCGUUUAUGCUUGCAUUCAGGCUGGAGUAAAUGAAGAAACUAUUGACCACAUGAGAGAAGUCAUUCGUGUUAGAGACUUUCCUCAAAGUAAAGUACAAGAAAUUUCUGACGCAACAGGUAUAGCAUUUAAUGUUACCAUUGGUUACUUCAAUGACUCAAGACAUAAUGAAAUAAAGAGAUACAUACCAAAAGAAUGUGAAACUGUUCGAACUAUUGACUUACUUCUUGUUGAAGACCACUACAUGCUAAAUGAAAGAUUACCAAUGACAACAUAUUUCAUUCGCAACUAUAUAGAAAUUCUCAAAGCUUGUGGUGGAAUGAACCUUGAGAAACAAAUGAAGAUUUAUACAAAGAGAGAAGAUAAAUAUGUAGUUCGUUAUGAUAGAACAACACCGUUAUGGGAUGUUAUGAAAACAUUGUGGGAGUGCAAAUAUUUCGAACCUAUUUCUUAUGGAGAACUUUUCACAUAUACGACUGACUUAUAUAAACAGAACCUUGCACCAUUUAAAGAUUUGACAUAUGCUCCAAAGUAUUGUGUACAACUGAAGAAGAAAGCCGAGUCAAAAGAAGUAAAUAAAGCUAAAUGUAAGUUCAUUCCUGAGCACGUUUUCUUUGCUGACUUUGAAUGUAGCACUGAUGGAGUUCAUAAAGCCUUUAACAUUUGUUAUGACAGUGAAGAUGGUUCAGUGAGUGAAAGCAUUUGGGGUCAGAACUGUGCAACAGAAUUUUUGGAACGACUUCCUGACAAGAGUUUAAUAUAUUUCCAUAACCCCAGUUAUGAUAUAAACUUCAUCUUAAGACACAUGACAGAAGUGAAAGGAACUCCUAUCAUUAAAGGUUCACGAACAAUGCAGAUAACGGGAAUAUAUAAAGGUAAAGCAAUCAUUAUUAAAGAUUCAUACACUGUUAUAAAUAAGAAGCUUAAACUAUUUCCUGAAAUGUUUCUUUUGCAGUGUGGUGAAAAGGAAGUAUUUCCAUACAACUACUACAGCAGUGUUUUAUUAGCAAAUGACAACAGAACUGGUGUCAUUUCUGAAGCAUGUAAGUUUAUCCGGGAUGCGGAUACGUUCAUGAAAAACAUAGAUUCCAUCAAAGGUUGCAGAAUAGAUGAAAACCACUUCGACUUAGAAAAGUAUAGUACAUUCUAUUGCAAACAAGAUGUAAGAAUUUUAAGAGAAGGUUUUGUUAAGUUCCGCAAUGAUAUAUUAAAAGAAUUUGAUUUAAACGUUUAUGACUACGUUAGUAUUUGUUCUAUUGCUAACAAAUUGUUUGAGAACAGAGU